AUGGCAUACAGUGUCCCCUUCGUUGUCUACGUGGUCGUUCAGUUCGUGGCGUUCCUUCUGGUGCUGGCGGGCACGCCGCUGGACAUGUUUCACAUUCGGACGAGAGGGGUCAAUACAUCUUGCAUCACCCUGUGGGGGGAUAAGCUCGCAUGCAACUCUUCAGGUUAUUUUGUUUAUAUCGAUAAAAUGUUCAUAAAUUGCCCUCCCCGUCUCCCUCGUUUCCGCGUGGCACAAGCGUUUGCUCUCAUCUCCGUUCUGGUGUAUGGCGCAGCGUUCAUCGCAGGCCUUACUUUGCUCUUCUACUGCUCUUUACUCCGCGUGGUCUGCCUAACACUGAACAUCGUUGGCGCGGUCACCUUGUGCGUUGUGUGGGUGGCUAUGGUGGUGACAUACCACAAGGGAGAGACUCCCCGUUGUCCUCCUCUCAAGCGAACCGGCAGUUAUGCUGCCGGGUUCUUUCUCUUGGUGGUGGCCUGGAUACUGGAUAUCCUCAACAUCAUCUUCUUGCUGCUUCCGUUGCAGAUGAGGGGAUCACAGGACUGUGCAAACUCGAUGGAGUCACAGAGGAAGAAUAACAGUAAACAAGCCACAGGAAGCGGAGGGCGAGCUUGA